AUGGACAGAAAAUCAGACCAAUCUAUAUCCUCUCUAGAGUCUACCGGCAAUAUCUCACCAUUUGAGAAUGGUCAUUCGCUUAAUGAAAGGCACGGCCCUGAAGAUCGACUGUAUAAUGAUGAGCAUGCAGAGUCUCUACUACAUUCUGUUCCUUUGGGUCCUCCCUAUCACACAAUUAAUCAUGAACCACGGUAUUCCGAUUUCGAGACUUCAGGAUAUGACCCCCUACGGACUCCUGAGUCACUGACCAGAGAUCAAUUUACCUCGUCUACGAGUCUUUCACAAUCAGGUGAUAUAUCAGUGCCAGACUUAUGGAAACAGCGACAGACACCUGCCCCCAGCGCCCUACGCCGCUAUCCUACGCGCAGAAUUAACUUGGUUCAAGGCACAGUUUUAAGUGUUGAUUAUCCAGUACCUAGCGCUGUCCGGAACGCUAUCCAACCAAAAUAUCGUGACGCCGAGGAAGGCUUUCCCGAAGAGUUCACACAUCUCAGAUAUACGGCAGCCACUUGCGACCCUGACGAGUUCACUCUACGCAAUGGAUACAACCUGAGACCUUCGAUGUACAACCGGUCUACAGAAUUGCUUAUUGCCAUUACUUAUUACAAUGAGGACAAAGUGCUCACGGCCCGAACCCUCCAUGGGGUCAUGCAAAACAUUCGGGAAAUCGUUAAUCUCAAGAAAACAGAAUUCUGGAAUAAAGGAGGGCCCGCCUGGCAGAAGAUUGUUGUUUGUCUCGUCUUUGAUGGCAUCGACCCUUGUGACAAGAACACGCUUGAUGUCCUGGCCACCGUUGGCGUCUAUCAAGACGGAAUCAUGAAACACGAUGUCGAUGGUAGGGAGACUGUUGCUCACAUUUUUGAGUACACGACUCAAUUAUCAAUUACCCCUACGCAACAGUUGAAGAACAGUAAGAAGAUUAACUCACAUCGAUGGCUUUUCAAUGCCUUUGGCAGGUUACUGAACCCUGAGGUUGUUAUUCUAAUUGACUCCGGUACAAAGCCGGGGCACAAAUCUUUACUUGCUCUAUGGGAAGCGUUCUACAAUAACAAGAAUCUGGGAGGGGCAUGCGGUGAGAUUCAUGCGCUAUUAGGGCAACGAUGGGGAAAACUAUUGAAUCCUCUCGUGGCUGCGCAGAACUUUGAGUAUAAAAUAUCUAAUAUCUUAGACAAGCCCUUAGAAAGCGCUUUUGGUUACGUUAGUGUUUUACCAGGUGCAUUCUCUGCUUAUCGGUACCGAGCUAUAAUGGGUCGGCCUCUAGAGCAGUACUUCCAUGGAGAUCAUACUUUAUCUCAAAAGCUCGGCAAGAAAGGUAUCGAAGGAAUGAAUAUAUUCAAGAAGAAUAUGUUCCUGGCUGAGGACCGUAUCCUAUGCUUCGAGCUCGUUGCGAAGGCAGGUUCUAGAUGGACAUUGACGUAUGUGAAAGCUUCCAAAGGGGAAACAGACGUGCCAGAAGGUGCUGCAGAAUUCCUGAGCCAAAGACGUCGCUGGCUCAAUGGCUCCUUUGCGGCGAGCUUAUAUUCAGUCAUGCAUUUCACUCGCAUUUAUAAGAGCGGACACAAUCUCCUUAGAUUGAUUGCCUUUCAUGUUCAGUUAGUUUACAACAUUUUCCAGCUCAUCAUGACAUGGUUCUCCCUCGCAUCCUAUUGGCUGACCAAUUCUGUCAUUAUGGAUAUUGUGGGAACACCCAGCAACACAAACAAGAACAAAGGCUGGCCAUUUGGAAAUGAAGCGACUCCUAUCGUAAACAACUUCAUCAAAAUCACUUACCUUGUCUUCCUCAUGCUCCAAUACAUCCUUGCUCUUGGUAAUCGACCAAAAGGAUCGAAAGUGGCUUAUACAUUGUCAUUCGUCUAUUUCUCUAUUGUUCAGGCCUACAUUCUGGUUCUGUCAUUUUACCUUGUAGUACAGGCAUUUAGCGGUGGUAAUCUCGACCUCGAUGUUGACAACGGGAUCAAAGGGUUCGUCGGAUCAUUUUUCGCUUCCACUGGCGGACUCGUGAUGAUCGCAUUAGUUUCGACGUACGGGAUCUAUUUCUUAUCCAGCAUUCUCUGCCUUGACCCAUGGCACAUGUUAACAUCCUCAUGGGCCUAUUUCCUGGGCAUGCCCUCGUCCACCAACGUCUUGAUGGUCUACGCCUUCUGCAACUGGCAUGAUGUAUCAUGGGGCACCAAGGGAUCUGACCAAGCUGGAUCACUACCGUCAGCGCAAACGAAGAAAGCAGAUGCAAAGACAAACUUCGUUGAAGAACUGGAUAAGCCACAAGCAGAUAUCGAUACUCAGUUUGAGAUCACAGUCCGACGAGCUCUUUCCCCGUGGAAGGAACCUGAGGAGAAGGACGACGCUAAUCUAGACGAUUCUUAUAAACGCUUUCGCACGAAUCUAGUGCUACUAUGGGUUUUGAGCAACUCGUUCUUGGCAUUAUGUAUCAACAACGACGGUAUCAGGAAUCUGUGCUUGACAACUUCUUCCACAGGCCGUACAGCCUGGUAUUUCAAGAUUGUUCUUUGGGCAACAUCCGCUCUGUCAAUUUUCCGGUUCAUCGGCGCUCUUUGGUUCUUGGGGAAGACUGGUGUAUUAUGCUGUAUUUCUAGGCGUUGA